AUGAACUCUUUUAUGAAAGAAUUAGAAAACGCAGAAAAGGACAUUUUCGCUAACUCAAGCUCUUCUGAACCUUUGGGCACCCUUAAUUUUUUAAAAUAUGGAAACAGUAAUCAAGUUCAAAUUGAACCUUUAGGCCAUUCUGCUUUCCUCUAUACGAACUUGAAAACUUUCGAGGUUCCUCCUCUUUAUAACGAUAACUUAGCGGAAGUUUUAGAGGAAUCUUUUCUUACCGAUACUUCUGAUUUAUCUAUAAACAAUCCGGUGCGUUUGCAACAAUUUUGGGAACACGAAUUAGACGUUACUUCCUUGUUUCACUUGGAGCCUACUCCCUGUCUGUAUAACUAUAAAUUUCUCUUUGAUCCUAAAAAUGGUGAAAUUACGAGUUUUUCAGAGGAACUUUUAGUCGAUCCAUCUGAAGCAAGCAGUUCUUGUUCUCUUUUAAGAGCUCCCAGCCGCGCUCAAUAUUUCGUUAAAGGAACUUCAGAGCAAUUACCCUUUCUUCCUGGAGGAAUGGCACAGCCUGAGAGUAGAGUUUGCGCUCCCAAACAUGAAAAUUCUAAAUUUGAAGAGUUCAAUUUUGACGAUGAGUUAUUGGUCUUCCCUCCGGGCUUCCAGCAUGGACUGGUUUUUGAUAAGCCAGACUCUCCCACGUGGCGGCUGGUCGAAAGUGCCUCACGUGGAACGCCACCCUCAACCAGUAAUCAUAUAAUGAAAAGUGAAGACAAUGUGUUUGUGUUUACAUUAGAAGAAGAAAAAGUCGAAUUUACUGAGGAUAAUGAAACCAUGAACAUGAACUUAACUAUCACCAAAGAUGAUGAAAGUUAUGAAGAGCUUAAAAGUUUUUUAAAGGUGGAGACUACUUCUCAGCCAACUUUGCUAAGUAAAGAACUUUUAGCCGAGCAGUUCGCGGAAGCGGUUGAUAUUACGAAAACUGUUCCCGAUUUUUACACCAAAGUUCCUGACUUAGCGAAAACGUAUCCUUUUGAACUCGAUACUUUUCAAAAGCAAGCUAUUCUUUGCUUGGAAAAUCACCAUAACGUUUUUGUUGCAGCUCAUACUUCUGCUGGAAAAACUGUAGUGGCUGAGUACGCUAUAGCUUUAUGUCAAAAGCAUAUGACAAGGGCGAUCUACACUUCUCCUAUUAAAAGUUUAUCAAACCAAAAGUUCAGGGACUUCAAAAACAUUUUUGAAAACGUUGGCAUUCUUACUGGAGACAUUCAGAUAAACGCCGAAGCCAGUUGUCUUAUUAUGACCACUGAAAUUUUAAGAUCGAUGCUUUAUAGAGGAGCCGACUUAAUAAGAGACGUUGAGUGGGUUAUCUUUGACGAAGUGCAUUACGUGAACGAUGUCGAUCGUGGAGUGGUCUGGGAAGAAGUAAUAAUAAUGCUUCCUGACCACGUGGGUUUGGUGAUGCUCUCCGCUACCGUCCCCAACACAAUGGAGUUUGCUCAAUGGAUUGGUCAAACGAAGAAAAAAAAGGUCUACGUUAUUUCCACUUCUCAAAGACCCGUUCCAUUGGAAUAUUAUUUAUUUACUGGACCUGUCCUUCCCACACGAAAAGACGUUAACAUAAAAUACUCCAUUGAUCAAUCGCUACAUAAAUUUAUGAGUGCCACCAAAGAAAUUUUAAAUCACGGCUACGAAAGCGCCAAACUGGCGGUGGCUCCGCCGGCCAAGAAAACAAGCUCAAAAUUUGGACCAGUUUCUGGUGUGACCGUUGUUUCCAAUCCCCAAUCGGAUAAAAAUUUAUAUAUAAGUCUCGUUAAUGUGCUUGAAAAACACAUUUUAGUUCCAACUGUGAUAUUCACUUUCAGCAAGAAGCGCUGCGAAACGAAUGCAUCAAGUAUUAUUAGUAAGAAUUUUACAGAUGCCUCCGAAAAAAGUCAUAUCAAAGUUUUUUUUGAUGCAGCAAUGAAGCGCUUAAACGAGAAUGACCGAAAACUUCCGCAACUCAAACAAACGGAAGCUUUUCUUAUGAAGGGGAUUGGCGUGCACCAUGGUGGGCUCCUUCCUAUAUUAAAAGAAAUUGUUGAAAUAUUAUUUUCUCGCGGUCUCGUGAAGAUUCUAUUUGCAACUGAAACUUUUGCGAUGGGCGUCAACAUGCCCGCCCGUUCGGUGGUGUUUGACUCGAUUCGAAAGCACGAUGGAAACGAGUUCAGAUAUUUACUUCCUGGAGAGUUUACGCAGAUGGCUGGACGAGCGGGCAGACGUGGACUGGACUCUACAGGAACAGUUAUACUAAUUUGCAAAAAUAAUGAAGUUCCCGAAAAAUCCUCACUGAGUCUUAUGAUGACCGGAAAACCCACGAAGCUCGUGUCUCAAUUCCGAUUGGCUUACAAUAUGAUUAUAAACUUAUUAAGAGUUGAAGCUUUUAAAGUUGAAGAUAUGAUGAAGCGCUCAUUUUCUGAAUAUUCAACCCAAAAACAGGCGCCCCAGCACGAAAAAGAAAUUAAAAAAUCCCAACUCCUAUUGGCUAGUCUAGAAGCCAUCAACUGCUCUAAUUGUACCGAUCUGAAUGACCUCUACAACGCGAACUGCCAAUUACAUUUAAUCAGUCCGGAAAUACAUUCCACUCUUUUUAUGAGUAAUCAAGCUAGUAAAGUCCUUUCCAGCGGAAGAGUUAUAGUGUUGCGUUCGUUUAAUACAGUCGCUUGCGUGCUAAACUUUUCAAUAACACGUGCAAUUCCUCAAAUCAAAGUUCUUAUUUUUCGGAGCAAAGACUUUUCACUCGCUCCGGUUAUCCCUCUUCCGCGUGUCCACGCACCGCCAAGUUCCGCUCAUAAUGAAGUUCUCACCAUUCAAGCGCGGGACGUCUUGGUGGUCACCAAUCACAAGAUUCGGUUUGGAGCAGAAAAACUUUUUCAAUGCAAAAAGAACGAGGAAUUCAAAAGGGUUUAUGAUUUACUUAUGAAACUUUUCGGCGCCUAUCCAAAUGGCUUUGAACUUUUGAACUAUAAAAAAGACUUCAAAGUUUCCGAGUUUUAUUUGUGUGAAAAAGUGUUGCGGUUUGAAGAAUUAUAUUAUUCACUAUCAAACUUGAAUUGUUUGGCUUGCUCUGAACUUUUCAAGCAUUAUAAUGAAUAUUUCCAACGAAAGUCAUUGGAAGAAAAAAUGGACUUUUUGCGCUUUUCUCUUUCGGAUCAAAACUUAGCUUUACUUCCGGAAUAUCACCAGCGAAUCAGAGUUCUACAGAAACUGAAUUAUAUUAAUGAAGAUUUGGUUGUCCAAUUGAAAGGCAGAGUCGCCUGCGAAGUCACCACGUGCGAUGAGCUUCUUGUGACCGAACUUAUUGUGAAUGGCGUCUUCUCCACUGCCCCGCCUGAGCAUAUUGUCGCGUUAUUGUCCUGCAUGGUAUUUCAAGAAAAAAAUGCUUCUCAGCCAAUCCUCUCUCCCUUCUUAUUAAAAGGAAAAGAGGAAGUUUUAAAUAUUGCAACUGUCAUUGCAGAAACACAACUUGAAUGCGGAUUGGAUAUCCCAGUGGACGUCUACUUGGAGCAACUAAAUUUUUCGCUGGUAGAAGUGGUCUACCAUUGGGCGAGAGGAAUGCCGUUUUCAGAAAUAACAGAGCUAACGGAAGUUCAAGAAGGCUCGAUUGUUCGGUGCAUAAUGAGACUAGACGAAACGUGCAGGGACGUCCGUAACGCCGCGAGAGUAAUAGGGGACCCUUUGCUAUACGAAAAACUCGAGCAGUCCUCAGCAAUGAUAAAAAGGGAUAUCGUUUUUGCUGCAAGUUUAUAUACCUCUCAAUAA